GCCUUCCUCCCUUCCCUCCCCCGGCGGCCGAUCUUAACCACGCCAUUUUACAACCAACACCUCUCUACCAUAGUACUCACGCCAGGGCAGGGCCGUCGCAGUCGCACACAAUCCCUCUCUCUUAGGCUUCCAAUAUAUAUACGUUUAGCGCCAUGUCUGCUUCUCAAUUACAUAUCGUUAUGAAUCGGCAGCUGCUCCAGCAAAAGCAUCUCGACGGACCAUGAAAGGGAAUCUCAGGAUCCUGUUAUCCGCCGUGUGCCUGUCUCUCGCAGUUGCGUCAAUUCUGAUCAGCGCGGGCUACCUGUCUGCCUCGCCCUCCUCGAUCGCGUUCGUGAGGAAAUGGGUUGAUAGGAUAUCGCCGUCGUUGACCAAGCAAGUCCCAGAUUCUACUUGUGAGUUGGAUGCAUACACGUACACGCCAUGUAAGCUGGAGCUAAUCAUGAUGGAUUGAACAGCUACCAGUGGCCUCAAUGGAGAAUCGACCCUUCGAGAGGGCAAUGCCACACUUCUUGGGGCGGCGCCAGCCUACAUACGAGCUAUCAUGGCACCCGAAGACAAGACCUUCCCUCGACUAGACUGCCCCGCUCCACAAGGCGUAAGAUACGACUGUCUCAAAGCCAACAAGGAGCAGCUCUCCUUCCGCGCCGUACGACCCAAAUACUUCUUUGCCAUCGACCUAUACCAAUGCGCCGACCUUCUCCCAACUCUGCUUGGCUCAGUCAUGGAAGUCAUGCGCUUCCUCGGCCCUGAGAACUGCGCCCUCUCCAUCAUCGAGGGCCGCUCCACCGACGGGACCUUUGAGAUCCUGAAACUGCUGUGUGCCGAUAUUGAGGGCAUGGGCGCGUCAUACUUCUUCACCUCCUCGGACCUCAACCCCACCGCCGGGGCCCGCAUCGAGCUCCUAGCCAAGCUGCGCAACAUGGCAGUGCACCCGCUGAUGUCCCAGCCCGAUAAGUACGAUCCCGCCACCACCAUCCUCCUCAACGACGUCGCCAUAUGCAGGGAAGACAUCAUGGAGCUACUGCACCAGCGCCUGCACCAGUCCGCCGACAUGGUAUGCGCCAUGGACUGGACGUAUGCAGGCGAGCACCCUACCUUCUACGACGUGUGGAUCGCGCGCGACAUGGCUGGGGAUACAUUCUUCCACAUCCCACCGGACGGGAGCUGGGACUCAGCGUGGAAUCUGUUUUGGAACAACACGGAGACGCGGGAGCGGUACUUGGAGCACCGGCCCUUCCAAGUGUUCUCGUGCUGGAACGGGGCGACGGUUUUCACGGCCAAGCCGACGGAGUGUUUCCAAGGGGAACCGGAGAUAUUCUGCAAGGAGCUGUGGAAGGCGGGGUAUGGCAAGAUUGCGGUGGUGCCGAGUGUCAACUUAGAGUACUCGAAUGAGCGGGGGAAGGAUAUCAAGGCGCUGAAGGGGUAUGCGUCGCAGUGGGUGGCCAAGGAUGGCGAUGAUCCGAAAGAUACGGCGUUAAAGAUCCAGUGGGUGAAGGAUCCGCCAAAUUUGGUCAAGUGCAUGCCGAAUUACCAGGAACAGAGGUGGGUGCCGUGGGAUGAGAGUUUGGCGUAAAAAGGGGGUUACAUAGCGGGAUAUGUGUAAGACUAUUGUAGGCACGGAACAAUAUAUAAUAAUAAUCUAUCAUCG